GCAAUGCUGAGUGAGGAGCGGCUGCUGCGUCUCUGCCGAGGAUUCCGCCUGCGAACUGCCACGAUUACCACACGUAUGGAAAGAACAGGAUAAGGACCUGAUGAUUUCCCCCCCGUCCUCCCCGCCUGUCCUCUGUCCUCUGUCCUCUACCUCCAUCUCUCUGUCGUAUGGGAAGCGCGCGCUGAGAGGGAAACACACUGCAGCUUCAUGGCACUAAGCUAUGAUUCACUCUCUUGCAGCAGCAAUGAGCAACCAACUUCAAAACACCUCCUCUCUGAACACGGUUGGCGUGUGGAAUUUCCAGGACGCACGCAACUCGUCACCUGUGCACACUGCAGACCUGCAGCCCCUUACCGUUAGCCCUUGGGACAUUGCGCUGUGUGUGACGGGGACACUCAUUUCCUGCGAGAAUGCGAUUGUGAUCGCCAUCCUGUUCUACACGCCCACCUUGCGGGCGCCCAUGUUCGUCCUGAUAGGGAGCCUCGCUUUCGCGGACCUGCUUGCAGGCCUCGGCUUGAUUCUGAACUUUAUCUUCAUCUACAUGUUCAACACGGAGUUUGUAACGCUGGUCUCAGUCGGGCUGCUCAUUGCUGCAUUCUCUGCCUCCGUACUCAACAUCCUGGCUAUCACAGUAGACCGCUACCUGUCUCUUUACAAUGCACUAACCUACAACACAGAACGUACGGUGACUUUCACAUAUGUGAUGGUGGUGUUCAUCUGGCUGGUGUGCAUCACGCUUGGUCUGCUGCCUGUGCUUGGGUGGAACUGUCUCCAGGACGAGGCCCACUGCAGUAUUUGUCGCCCGGUCACCAAGAACAACGCUGUGGUCCUUGCAGUGACUUUCCUACUCGUGUUCGCGCUCAUGAUGCAGCUCUACCUGCAGAUUUGUAAGAUUGCCUUCCGUCACGCGCAGCAGAUUGCUGUGCAGCACCAGUUCAUGGCUAUUUCCACCACAAAAGGGGUAUCUACACUUUCUGCCAUUUUGUGCACUUUCGCCGCAUGCUGGAUGCCCUUCGCCAUGUAUUCAAUUGUGGCGGAUUCUAGAUACCCAAUGAUCUACACAUAUGCCACAGUACUGCCAGCGACGUGCAACUCGGUCAUAAACCCGAUCAUUUACGCCUUCAGAAACCCAGACAUUCAGAAAUCUCUGUGGCUAGCCUGCUGCGGAUGUGUCCCAGCCAAUUUCUCCCAACGCCCAAGGACAUCAAGUGACGUAUAGGCCAGAUAAUAUAUGAUUUAAUGAGCUUUCACGUUCAUAGUGGGAGAUGGAAUUUGCCCAACCCAUCUCUCCACUCUCGAAAACCAACCAAACAAAAAAAAGAACAAGAAAAACACAGAAAAACAAAAAGCACCCAUUUGAGCAAGCUAUAUGGUUACUGAGGUAAAAUAUCCCCAAGCUCUUUACUACAUGUGGGGAUCAGUGUCAACUGUAGUAUAAAGCAAUGUUUUUGCUGCAGUGAUUUUUAUCAUAUCUAGCCAAUAGGCAACAAAUGUGCACAAUACUAAUAGAGAAGCAGAAUAGCUAAGUGUCAAUGAAAAGGCAAAUCCUUUGUAUCGUAAAUCAAAGGCCUAAAUUCUGACACCCAAAACGCACACACCUAGCCAUAUAUAUCAAUCACAUAUGGUGCCAAGG